AUGGAUCAUCAUUGUCCUUGGACUUCGAACUGCGUUUCUCAUUUCACCUUGCCGCACUUCAUGCGCUUUGUGUUUUAUGCAACUGGCGGGAUGUCCUAUCUUGAGAGUCUUCUUUGGCAGCGUGCUUCGGUUGUAUGGAAGAACAGCCAUUUGCCGAGCUAUCUUGGGCCCACGUUAGGCCAGCUCAUCCAUUUGUUCAUACUCCUCGUGGUAAACAGUCUCACGGUAUUCGCUCUAUUUGUACUUCUGCUUCGGAGUUUCUGGGCGAUCGGGUGUAAUACGACUACCAUUGAAACAUGGGAAAUCGAGAGACAUGCUACCCUUGUCCGUCGAGCCCGUGUAUUAGGUGGAUAUCUCGAUGGCCCUGGAGGGAUCCGGGUCUACAUAAAGAAGCAGGAAUUUCCAUACGACAUUGGGAUAUGGGCCAAUAUAAAGCAAAGUAUGGGCGGCAGCUCGAAUUUCAUAAGCUGGUUCUGGCCAUUGGCCGCGACGCCCGAUCGUGAGAGUGGCUGGGAAUUUGAGACUAACGGAUUUGAAGAUCCUGGCCUGUCAUGGCCACCUCCGGAUCCAGAUCGCAUCCCGGUGCCGGCUAUUGCAAGACCCAGUAAUAUAAGCAUGCCUACAUAUGCAUCUAUCCAAGACGAGAUCGAUGCUUUCAACAGACGCAAACAGGAAGACUUGGAGCGAUUCCAGAGACAUGCAGGCGUACAACGACGCAAACCAUUCCACGAACGGUACAAGAAAGACGAUUCCGCGCGAAGCGAUAGCGAUGACUCUGAGCUUGGCUCUGAAAGUGACUCAGACGAGGGCGAAGAAUCCUGGAGAAAUGCCGAAGGAGAACGUCUCCGCGACUUUGGAGUGGACGAAGAAGCAGAAUUCUAUGACGAGGAAGACAUUCCUCUGGGUGUUCUCAUUCAACGACGCAAGGAACAACAGUCUUUCAGCUGA